AUGUCUGAAGAUAAAGUGAAAACAGGCCCAUCAGUCUUCCUUUCAGAGAUCUUGGGUCAACAAGUCAAAGUGAAAUUGAACAAUGGUGUCACCUACUUAGGUAAUUUGAAUUCUAUUGAUGGUUAUAUGAAUAUUGUAAUGGAUUCUACAUCUGAACAUGUAAACGGAGAAGAUUUCGUGAAAACCUAUGGUGAUGUGUUCAUCAGAGGUAAUAAUGUUUUAUAUAUAAGUCAAGUGUAA